GAUGAAUGUUGUGCAGUCAGUUAAUAAAAUUAACACUACAUUCAGCAACCAUUUGAGUGCUUAUAGGGACCUACCUACCAAAGUUGAAACUGUAAAUGAUGCCAUUGUGUGGAUAAUUAAUGAUACACACACACAAAAUUCUCAAAUGCUUGCUCUGGAAAAUUUUAUUUACACAAAUCUGACAAUGCGUUUGGAACAGUUAGAAUCUGAAAAAGGGAACUUGUUGAAGAAAACUGGAGUUCCUGAUUUAGAGGAUUAUCUGAACAAAACAGUUUCUGAUGUUAUUGUUCAUUUGAUAAAUGAGGGUGUAUUCCACAAUGAUAUUCAAAAUACUAAUGAUAAUCCACUGCACUCUCUAGAACAGACACAUGAUGUGUUGGUGCUACUUGCUGCUCUCUUGAAAAAGUUCGAGCAAAUUCCUAAAACUUACAUUCUGAGUUACAAGAAUGGAACAGAACUUGUCAAAAGUAUGUUACGCCAGGCAUUUGAUGAAAUGAUAGCAAACAGAGAUUUGAAAAUUAAGGCAAUGGAAGGAGAAAUAAAAAACCUUUCUAUCUAUAUUCCUGAUGGUCAGAACAAAGAAGCUAAUAAACAUGAAGAUGAAGAUGAUUCAAGUAACUUCACUACACCAGUAUUUGUUGAAUCCUCAUCUUAUUCAAGGAACAAUGAUUAAUGGAUGACCGUGAGGAACAAAGGUGUAGUCAACUUGUUUUGGCUUGUGUCCACAUUUUUGAAUUUUAGUACAGCUUUCAUUGCAUAACAGCAAUCUUUUGUCCGUAGAAAAGCUUCUGUAGUAUUGUA